CAUGGAUCUCAAUAGCGCCAGUAGUGUUGUUCUUCAGGUCUUAACACAGGCCACCAGUCAGGAUACGACUGUGUUGAAACCAGCUGAAGAGCAGUUGAAACAGUGGGAAACACAACCAGGUUUCUACUCAGUGUUGCUGAAUAUUUUUACAAACCACACUUUGGAUAUAAAUGUAAGAUGGCUUGCUGUGCUGUAUUUUAAAAAUGGAAUUGACCGUUACUGGAGACGGGUAGCACCUCAUGCUCUCUCAGAGGAGGAGAAAUCUACAUUGCGUGCAGGACUAAUCACUAACUUCAAUGAACCAAUAAACCAGAUUGCAACUCAGAUUGCAGUUCUCAUUGCAAAAGUUGCUCGAUUGGACUGUCCCAGACAGUGGCCUGAAUUGAUACCCACUCUGAUAGAAUCUGUGAAAGUCCAGGAUGAUCUCCGACAGCACAGAGCAUUGCUUACCUUCUAUCAUGUUACUAAGACUUUGGCCUCUAAACGUCUGGCUGCAGAUAGAAAACUUUUUUUUCAUUUAGCUUCUGAAGUUUAUAAUUUUGCCUGCUCUCUGUGGAAUCACCAUACAGACACAUUUCUUCAGCAUGUUUCUUCUGGCAAUGAAGCUGCAGUUUUGAGUUCACUAGAACGAACCCUGCUAUCACUGAAAGUGCUACGUAAAUUAACUGUUAAUGGAUUUCUGGACCCUCAUAAAAAUAUGGAAGUAAUGGGAUUUUUACAUGGAAUAUUUGAACGACUAAAACAGUUUCUGGAAUGCAGUAGAAAUAUACCUGCAGAUAACAUAUGUAGGGAUAGACUGGAGAAGACCAUCAUCCUUUUUACUAAAGUGCUUUUGGACUUCUUGGAUCAGCAUCCCUUUUCAUUUACUCCUCUAAUUCAGAGAUCAUUAGAAUUUUCUGUAAGCUAUGUAUUUACGGAAGUUGGUGAAGGUGUUACAUUUGAACGAUUCAUUGUCCAGUGCAUGAAUCUUAUUAAGAUGAUAGUCAAAAAUUAUGCUUAUAAACCAUCCAAAAAUUUUGAAGAUAGUAGUCCAGAAACUCUUGAAGCUCAUAAAAUUAAGAUGGCAUUCUUUACAUAUCCUACUUUGACUGAGAUAUGUAGAAGAUUGGUAUCUCAUUAUUUUCUCUUAACUGAAGAAGAACUGACAAUGUGGGAAGAGGACCCUGAAAGCUUUACAGCGGAAGAAACAGGAGGAGAUUCUUGGAAAUAUAGCUUGAGGCCAUGUACUGAAGUACUAUUUAUAGAUAUAUUCCAUGAAUAUAAUCAAACCCUUACUCCUGUACUUCUCGAAAUGAUGCAAACACUUCAAGGGCCCACUAACGUGGAAGAUAUGAAUGCAAUAUUAAUCAAAGAUGCUGUAUAUAAUGCCGUUGGAUUAGCUGCUUAUGAGCUGUUUGACAGUGUUGAUUUUGAUCAGUGGUUUAACAACCAACUUCUUCCGGAAUUACAGGUUACUCACAAUAGAUAUAAGCCAUUACGACGCAGGGUGAUUUGGCUGAUUGGUCAGUGGGUUUCUGUGAAAUUCAAGUCUGACUUAAGACCCAUGUUAUAUGAAGCAAUUUGCAACUUACUUCAAGAUCAAGAUUUGGUGGUUCGUAUUGAAACAGCUACAACUCUAAAGUUAACUGUUGAUGAUUUUGAGUUUAGAACAGAUCAGUUUCUACCGUAUUUGGAAACCAUGUUCACACUGCUUUUUCAGUUACUGCAGCAAGUUACAGAAUGUGACACAAAGAUGCAAGUUUUGCAUGUCCUUUCUUGCGUGAUUGAAAGAGUUAACAUGCAGAUACGACCAUAUGUGGGGUGCUUGGUACAGUAUUUGCCUCUUCUUUGGAAGCAGAGUGAAGAACAUAAUAUGUUGAGAUGUGCUAUUCUGACAACACUUAUACAUCUUGUUCAGGGAUUAGGAGCAGACAGCAAGAACCUGUACCCUUUCCUGCUCCCAGUUAUUCAACUGAGUACAGAUGUUUCCCAGCCUCCACAUGUUUACCUUCUGGAAGAUGGUUUAGAAUUAUGGUUAGUGACUUUGGAAAACAGCUCAUGCAUCACACCAGAAUUGCUUCGUUUAUUUCAGAAUAUGUCAUCGCUUCUUGAACUCAGUUCAGAAAAUCUCAGAACUUGCUUUAAGAUCAUCAACGGUUAUAUCUUUUUAUCAUCAACAGAAUUUUUACAGACAUAUGCACUAGGUCUGUGUCAAUCCUUUUGUGAACUUCUAAAGGAGAUCACUAUAGAAGGUCAAGUCCAAGUUCUUAAGGUUGUGGAAAAUGCUCUCAAAGUAAAUCCAGUAUUAGGUCCACAAAUGUUUCAACCUAUUCUACCCUGUGUUUUUAGUGGCAUUUUAGAAGGGGAGAGAUAUCCGGUAGUGAUGUCAACAUAUCUUGGAGUUUUGGGUCGAGUCCUGCUGCAAAACACUAGCUUUUUUUCUUCACUUCUUAAUGAAAUGGCACAUAAAUUUAAUCAGGAGAUGGACCAGCUUUUGGGGAAUGUGAUUGAAAUGUGGGUUGACCGUAUGGAUAACAUUACCCAGCCCGAAAGAAGAAAACUUUCAGCUUUGGCUUUGCUUUCUCUUCUACCAUCUGAUAAUAGUGUUAUCCAAGAUAAAUUCUGUGGGAUUAUAAACAUCGCUGUGGAGGGUCUACAUGAUGUUAUGACAGAAGACCCUGAAACAAGAACUUACAGAGACUGUAUGUUGAUUUCUCAUCUGGAAGAGCCAAAAGUAACAGGCGAGGAAGAACCACCCACAGAACAGGAUAAAAGGAAAAAAAUGUUGGCCCUGAAGGACCCCGUGCACACAGUGUCGCUGCAGCAGUUCACCUUUGAGAAGCUCAAAGCACAGCAGGCACUCCUGGGAGAGCAAGGCUUCAAGUCCCUCAUGGAGACAGUGGAUACCGAGAUCGUCAACCAGCUAGAGGAAUUCCUGCAGGGCUUCUGAAAGCAUAGGCAUGUGGCCGCCUCCGCUUUCAGAAGUAUGCUGAGGAACACAGCCUGUCGUCUGUGCGAGAACCUGCUGAGAAGCUAAAGAAUCCCUUUUAUAUGAAAAUAAAGAAAC